AUGUCUCGGUUUGCUUUGUGCGUGGCAGCUACCGCCGUUGCUCUCGUGGCUCGCUACAGUCAGGAGGCUUUCGCCCCUGCCGCUUGGGGAUCGCCAGCCUUGCGGACGGCCUCGGCCCACAACGGCGAGGCAGCGCCCAGCGGACUGUCCACCGGGGCACUCACGGGUGCUGUGGCCGUCAGUGCCGCCCUGGGAGCCGCAGCCGCCGUGGCAGGGCGCUCAAAGAGCGCCGCGCUCCUGGCCAGGCGCUCCCAUGCCGUGAAGAUCUACGACACUUGCAUUGGCUGCACCCUCUGCGUCCGUGCCUGCCCCACUGACGUCCUGGAGAUGGUCCCAGCCAGCAUCAACGCCGCCAAGCAGGUGGCAUCUUCCCCGCGGGUCGAGGACUGCGUGGGAUGCAAGCGCUGCGAGACCGCCUGCCCCACCGACUUCCUCAGCAUCCGCGUGUACCUGCAGGACAACGAGGAGACCCAGUACAGUCUGGGACUGGACCUGGUCGAUUGGUCGUAA